GUGCCACGAUCUGACGGGCUUGGAUCUCUGGGACAGUCUGAUUCGUGUCGCGCAAGCUAGUAACGAAGCCAGUGGAGAAGUUGUUGGUCAAGCAGUGGCUUGUUGCACCAAAGCGAUUUUAUGGCACAUUGCUCGAUUGAGUGAAUCCGAUGCGGACAAGACUGAAAUCAGCAAAGUGCGUCGAAUGAUCAAUCUGUUCAUGGAAAUCGCUAUUGGUUACCUCGACAAUCCUUCUAAACGACUCAGUUACGAGUCAUUCCUUUCCGUCUGUGAUCUUCUGGUUGUGCUUUCACGCCACCUGGCUGUGCAUCUCCCUAGUCUACGAUCCCUUGUCUACACGGCCGAUCGCGAGCUUGAACUCAAAUUGACAAACUACUUGGAACGUCGCGUAUUUGUGGACGACGAGGAAGAGGAAGAGGAGGACGAAAACGCCAAAUUCGAAUCAUUGCACGAGCGACGAACGCAGUUGGCCGCAUUCUGCAAACUAGUCAUCUACAAUUUCGUCCCAAUCCGCGCCGCAGCCCCACUCUACAAAUACUACAUUCGAUCUUUCAACGACUUUGGAGAUAUUAUGAAAUCUACACUUGCUAAGUCUCGUGAGAUCAACCGAAUACACACGGCCAGAAUGAUCGCGCAGUGCCUUCAGCUAUGCUAUAAUGAACUGGAGGCGACCUCUAAUGGUCAUGUUGAACACGGUUCUGAAGGACUGCAGGCGGUGAAAGAAUUGGCUCGGCGAUUAAACCUAAGCUUCGGUUUGGACCUAAUUAAAAUCCGUGGGGCGAUGGUUGCAUUCCAUUCUGAGGGUAUCCAAUUUUGUGUUGCAAGCGCAGCGGCAGCU